AUGGAAUGGAACCCAGAAGCUGUAAUGGAGUGUGAGGCGGAAACAUUCAUAAGAAGAGUGGUCAAACCGAUGCCGAUUUGCGAAUGCAAAUUUCUCCGCUGUCAGAGUUAUCGACGUGCACAGAGAGCCUUAACGACGGUGCAGUGUGGGGGCCCUAAAGUACGGUCAUGUGAAAUAUGUAUAUCUAUACACACUGCAGGUGGUACAAAUAAACCAUUGCUACAAAAAUGGUUCAGGCGUGAGUUACCAUGCCGUAACCACGGCAUCCCGCUGAUGCAGCAAGCUUCACGAACAAUAGGCCAGAGAGGAAUGCCAGCUUGCAAAUUGAACCACGCAGGGAACAAUGGAAAGGAACACGAAAAUGCUAAGGUACACCCGGCAUUUAUAUGCCUCAUUAAAAGUAGACUCAGUGAUACCGCGAUUGAUGCAAUAGCAUACGAAGAAAGCCUUAAUUCUUGGGACUCCAUUAAGGAUGCUCUUAUACGGAGAUUGCGAGAACCCAGGAAUGAGAUCCAAGUUAUGCAGGAGCUCAGUAGGGUGCGGCGUCAUAAAAACGAGAACGCUGAUAUGCUUGGUAGGCGUCUGCGUGAGUUAUUAGACACUUUGUUUUCCGUAGGCACACAUUCCAACAAAUCAUACUAUGAAAAAAUGGUUAUAGAACAGUAUACGAACAAUUUAGAGUUCCAAGUAUCGAUAGGGGUGCGAAUAGCACAACCCCUCACUCUAGAAUCAGCCAUAGUCUUAGCUAGGCAAGAGGAAGCUAGACUUGCUUAUAAUAAGACAAAUUACAACAAUAACUUUUAUAACACACCAUCAACAUCGGCUCAGGCAAAGUUUAGGGAACCAAUACGUGCUUUAAAUCAGCCUCAAACCCCUUUAUCACCCAAGUAUAUUAACUCACAAAAUAAUCUAAGUAAUACAACUGUAGUUCCACGUCAGAAUAACCUGACUCCAGAACAAAGGCAGCAAUGGGUACAAUCCAUGUUACCAUGGAAAAACCACCCAACAACAAAUAACUAUAGACCUACCUCAGGCAACUUUAGAAAUAACAUACCACAUCAACAGGUUAAUCCCCCUCAGAAGGUGUCUGAUGUCACUAUGAGAUCUGUAAGUAAACCACAAAAACCACAGUUUGCUGCUGAGGAGCUAUUUUACACAGGCUCACCGGGAGACUACGAGCAACCAAAUCUCGAGGAAGAGGACUAUGCCGAUCAGCAAGGUCAGUACCAAGAUUGGGUCAACCAGCAGGAGUAUGAACCUCAAACGGAGGACGGAGAGGCCCAGGCAAAUUUUCUACAAGAGCCAAGAUGCGAAAAAAAUAUAUUAGUAAAAACCAAUUAUGCAGACGGUCAGUACAUUCAAGAUGAGUUCAUAUGGUGUAACGGCUUAAAAUCCCCCACCGCAAUAGUCGAAGUUAGAGAAGGUCAAUUUAGAACAUCUGUUAUUAACUUUAAUUCCGAGAAAAGAAUAAUAGCCAACAAUGAAAAGUUUGUUUUAGAACCAUACUUUGAGUAUACAGAGGUUUGUAAUUUAAAUCAUAUACAGGGAAGUUCAGACAUAGAUAAAGAGUUAUGUGACAACUUAGGCAAAAUUAGAACGGAACAUAUGAACGAAGAAGAGCAACGCGAGAUAAAUAGGAUUUGCUACCUUUAUAGAGACAUUUUCUACUCAGAAAACAUUCCACUUUCCUUCACACAUACUGUUAAACAUCAGCUAAGAUUGACAGACAAGACUCCAAUUUUUGUUAGAAGUUAUAGGCAACCCCCUCAGGAACGCAAAGAAAUACAAAAUCAAGUAGAUAACCUUUUAAAACAGGGUAUUAUUCGUGAAAGUAUAUCUCCAUGGUCAUGUCCUGUACAUAUCGUCCCGAAGAAACCAGACGCAUCAGGAAAAGUAAAAUGGAGGUUAGUCAUUGACUAUAGAAGGCUAAACGAUCGAAUAGUAGAAGACAAGUACCCGUUACCUAAUAUAUAUGAUAUACUAGACAGACUAGGACGCGCGCAAUAUUUUACAACACUUGAUUUAGCUAGCGGUUAUCAUCAGGUGGAAAUGCACCCCGAUGAUAUAGAAAAAACUGCUUUUACCACCGAGAGAGGACACUACGAAUUUCUUAGAAUGCCAUUUGGUUUAAAGAAUGCACCUAGUACUUUCCAGAGACUUAUGGAUCACAUACUUAGAGGUAUAGAUAACGUGUUCACUUACUUAGAUGACGUCAUAAUUAUAUCUACAUCAUUACAGGAACAUAUGGAAAAGCUCAAACAGGUUUUUGAUAGAUUUAAAAUACACAACCUUAAAAUUCAGUUAGAUAAGUCGGAAUUUUUGCGUAAACACGUCACAUUUUUAGGACAUGAACUCACUGAUCAAGGUCUCAAACCGAACCAAGACAAAAUCAAAGCGGUUUUGAAUUUUCCAUUACCUGAGACACAAAAAGACAUUAAGAGCUUUCUAGGACUCGUAGGCUAUUACAGAAAGUUUAUAAAAGACUUUGCCAAGCUUACUAAACCGAUGACCUUAUGUCUUAAGAAAAAGAGCAAAGUAAUACACUCCCCGGAAUUUUUAGAAUGUUUCAAUAAAUGCAAACAAAUUUUGACCAAUGCACCUAUUUUACAGUAUCCAAAUUUUGACGAGUCUUUUAUAUUAACAACAGAUGCGUCAGACGUAGCCCUUGGUGCAGUAUUGUCUCAAGGAAAAGUAGGCUCAGAUAAGCCAGUGGCAUACGCAUCAAGAACUCUUUCCGAUACAGAAGCCCGAUAUUCCACCAUAGAAAAAGAACUUUUAGCCAUCGUCUGGGCAAUAAAGUACUUUAGACCGUAUCUUUAUGGGCGAAAGUUUGUAAUAUAUACCGACCAUAGGCCUUUAACGUGGCUUAUGUCACUAAAAGACCCCAAUUCUAAAUUGACUAGGUGGAGACUUAAACUGGCUGAGUACGAUUACACGGUUGUAUAUAAAAAGGGUCGACAAAAUACAAAUGCGGAUGCCCUCUCGCGAGUUAAAAUUUACCAUAAAAGUGUAGAUUCACUUGCAGUAAACUUAGACGACAAUGACGAUGACGAUAUUAUAAAUAGAAUAUUUGACAACGUUCACCAGGGAGCAGUACAGGAUAACGUACCUGCAGAUAAUAAUGACAGUAAUAGCGAUAAUAAUAGCACUAACGACAAUAACGUGACAGUUAGACCUAACAUAUUACAUAACCCAGACACUGAAUCUGACAGUAUGAGCGUCGUGUCACUGGACCCUGAUAAUUUAGUUUCAACAAACCAUACCCAGCCUGAUAACGAAAAUAACGGAAUACCAAUCUUAUCAGAUGCUAAUGACAGACAAUUAAAGCAAUUUCAUAUUAGGUCAACCCCAGGUUCCACAUAUAGAGUAGAAAAUAGGUCAACUAACUCUAGAACGGUAAUUAAAGAUGUCUUUAUUCCAGUGAAUAACACAGAGAAAGAAAUAGUUCAGUUCUUAAAAGAACAUACUAUUGCCGAUCGUGUAUUUUACUGCUACUUCUAUAACGAAGAGUUAUAUUUAGCAUUUUCUAAAGCUUACAACAACUCUAUUCAUUCUGCAACGGAAUAUACCCCACACGAGCUACUCUUCGGACACACAGCAUCCAGAAACCCACUAGAGUUACAUUACCCUAAGCAAUUUUACCAGGAUUAUGUUAUCAAACACAAAAUGCAAGCCGAAGCUGUACAAGAAUGCGUUACGGCGCACAUGGCGAAAAACAAGGAGCAGGUAAUAGCGAAGCGGAACCAGGCAGCAGAAGAAAUAACAUUCAAGGUAGGUGAAACAGUUUACGAACAGGUGGCCAAAACAGCGAGAAACGACAAAACCAAACCGUGCGGCCAGAAAACCGAAUAUAAAAAAUUAGCAGGAACAUUCCUCGCCAACCUCACAGAGGACUGUCAAAUUAAUAUUAUGAACAGAACAAUAAGAACACACACCACUAGUACCACCAUCAAUGAAAUAAUCCCAUUACCUAACGAAAACCUCAUACCACAGAAAGAAGCCCAAUACGAGAUUCAUCUUGAAGACGUCUCAUUGGAUAGUGUCCAUGAACUGAUAAACAAAGCUGAAGACAUUGAAGAAGUCGAACCUGUCAACUGGACCUAUAUGAUGGCAAUCCCCAGUUGGCCCACAUUGCUCCUCUACACAUUCGUAAUAUCCGCAAUAAGCUGGAGAAUAUACAGUUUCAAGAAACAUACAGCGGUAGCAAGUCGCGAGGACGCUCCUGGAAGCUCUAGGACUAGCUUCCAUCUUAAGGAGGGAGGAGUUACCAUGCCGUAA